AUCCCAUCCAAUACGGAUCUGAGAAACGAGCGACAUGGAGAGGGCUCUUCUCCUCCCGGCCCUUCUCCUAGCGGCGCUGCUAGCUUGCAGCAGCGGCGGCGUGCAUGGCGCGUUCAACAGGUCCAGCUUCCCCAAGGACUUCAUCUUCGGCGCCGGCUCCUCUGCCAUUCAGUAUGAGGGAGCUGUGAACCUGCGGGGCAAGAACAUUUGGGACACAUUCGCUCACACCCCAGGUAAAAUUGCGGAUGGGGGCAACCCAGAUACAGCAAACGACUUCUAUUAUCGGUACAAGGAGGAUCUGAAGCUGCUAACCGACAUGAACAUGGAUACUUUCAGGUUCUCCCUUGCAUGGUGCAGGAUCCUUCCAUCUGGAACUAUAGCCGGAGGAAUCAACAAAGCAGGAGUCGAUUUCUACAACAGCCUCAUCAACGAAGUUUUAGCUAAAGGGCUGGUGCCUUUCGUCACAAUCUUCCACUUCGACACCCCACAGGUCCUGGAGGACAAGUACGGAGGAUUCUUGAGCGAAAACAUUGUGAAGGACUACGUGGAGUACGCGGAGCUGUGCUUCAAGCUGUUCGGCGACCGGGUGAAGUUCUGGACCACCUUCAACGAGCCCACCAUCUUCAGCUCCUUCGGCUACGGCAGCGGCGUGAUGGCCCCGGGCCGCUGCUCCCCGUACGUGUCCAAGAGCUGCGGCGCCGGCGACUCCUCCAGGGAGCCUUACAUGGUCGGCCACAACAUCCUCAUCGCGCACGCCGAGGCCGUGAGCGUGUACCGCACAAAGUAUCAGCAGGCGCAGAAGGGCCAGAUCGGCAUCACGCAGGUGUCCCACUGGUUCGUCCCCUACAGCGACCCGGCCACCGAUGCCGACAGGCACGCUGUGAAGCGCAGCCUCGACUUCAUGCUCGGGUGGUUCAUGCACCCUGUCACCUUCGGGGAGUACCCGGCGACGAUGCGGCGGCUGGUGGGGAGCCGGCUGCCGGAGUUCACGGCGGAGCAGUCGGAGAAGCUCAAGAAGUCCUUCGACUUCAUCGGCAUCAACUACUACACCACCAACUACGCCAAGGCAGCUCCAGCGCCCAACGGUCUCCAGCAGCAAUACGGCACCGACAACUGGGUUGAGCAGACCGGAGUACGCGACGGCGUCCCCAUCGGCCCGCCGGCUUACGUUCCCAUCUUCUUCAACUACCCGCCGGGGCUGCGCGCUCUGCUGCUGUACCUCAAGAACAUGUACGUCGGCGGCGACACCCCAAUCUACAUCACGGAGAACGGCACUGUGGAGGGGAACAACAGCACGAUCCCGAUCAAAGAGGCGCUCAAGGACGGGACCCGGACCAUGUUCCACUACAACCACCUCAAGUUCGUGCGCAAGGCCAUCCAGCAGGGGGUGAACGUGAAGGGUUACUUCACGUGGACGUUCAUGGACUGCUUCGAGUUCGGCGACGGUUUCAAGGACAGGUUCGGGCUCGUCUACGUCGACCGCGCCACGCUCAAGAGAUACCGCAAGACCUCUAGUUACUGGCUCGAGAACUUCCUCAAGAGAUACUGAGUGAGUGAUGGGUCAACGUUUAGUUGAGCUCACCACGUACGACGUCCAUGCUGUCCGAGCUUGUAUAUGGUAAUUUGAUUUAGAUCGACCAGGAUCAAAGUGAAGUGAAUAAUAAGUGAAUAAAGGGGUAGAUCUCCAUCGAUCGGUCCACUUGUACGUCGAUCGAUCGGAGAGCAUGAUAAUCAUACGCAUGUGCAUGUUAAUGUGACCAGCUGAUUGAACCGUACAAGUGUUGGGCGCAUAGUUUCAUGUGUUGAAUAUAAUUACCUAGU